AUGUGUUUGAAACAGGCCUUCAGAGCUCACGAUGCAGUCAUGGAGCUGAAAUCGUUUUCAGACCUCUGUGUCACGUUGUCGGGAAACAAAUCCAGGUCAACAAACGGAUGUGCGAUGAUUAAUCCACUAGAAUUUUUGCAGUUCAAUGAAAGCAACUUGAACGGAAAGGACUUACAUGAUGUCCAACGGGAACUGAGCAAAUCCUACAACGACACAAGUUUACUCAUGCGUAAUGGACGCCCAUUCUGGUUGAAUUUCAACCGAAUGUUUGGCAAGGCCACUCGAAAACAUGGAAGCAUAACCGACGCCAAAGCUUUGCAAAUGAUUUAUCUCCUUCGUGAUCCGAGGGACGAUGAUGAGAGUGACAAGAUUCUCAAAUGGGAGAAGGCUUUCAUUGACAAACUAGGCUCGCUAGUGGACAAACUUUCGUGCUUCGAUGUCCAUUAUUCAAGUGAAAGGAGCCUGGAUGAUGCUAUAAGUGCAAGUACCGGGUCUGAUGUUAAACUGGUGUCAAUCACAUUCACCUGCAUGAUCUCUUUUGCUUGCUUCAUGCUGGGCAAAGUACCUUAAUCCGUUGACUGGUCAUGCUUUACUUGCUAAUGGAGGGGUCUUCGCAGUUGCCCUUGGGAUUUUGUCUGGGCUCGGCCUUGGUAUGUGGCUCCGUGUACCUUUUGUUAGUUUGGUGGGGUGCUACCUUUCUUGGUUCUUGGAAUCGGCAUCGAUGACAUGUUCAUCAUGGUCGACGAACUUGAUCGGCAGCCACGUGACCUGUCGACGACCGGAAAGAUCAAAGCGGUUAUGAAGCAUUCUGGUGCAACAGUUACUAUGACAACUAUGACUGAUUUGGUUGCGUUUGCGGUCAGCACGUCUACCUCAUUUCCCGCCAUUAGGUAAGAUACUUCAAUUGAUAGCCAGUGCUUCUCCAUCUUGGGAAGAUGAAGACAAUAACAUCAUGUUUUAAGCAAUGGCGUAAUUGUUUAAAGGAUCCGGAUUUAUCAAGUGACCUCUAUUGAUUUCUUUUAAAACCUCAACUGCAAACUAUUGAAGUGAGAUGUCGAGCUGUGACAGGAGCCAUUGAAUUGAUUUUCUGAUAAAAAUGGUUACAGUUUCUUGGGAUAUCUUUUUUUUUCCCUUGUAUGACUGAGCUGUAAGCAGAAAUGGUGGCGUGAAAUGUCACUUAAUUGGCUUCCAAGUUCUAAAAUUUCGUCAAAUGUUGUAGAGUAUUUCAGUGAAAUCGUCUAUAUUAAAACUUAGUUACUUUCUUUUCUCAGGUAUUUCUGUGUUUAUGCUGCCUUGACAGUGACGCUCUCCUUCCUGAUGGUUGUUACAUUCUUUGUGGCCCUUAUGACAUACGACGUUAGACGAAUUAAAUCUGGCCGCCGAGAUUUCCUCCCAUUCUGCCUGGCACCACGGCCAAAAGAAGGUAAACCAGCAUGGGAUGAGCCUCUCCCCCAAACUUCAAAUAAAGUUAUGAAAUACUGGGGCACAUUAUUGACCCUUCCAAUUACAAAAGUUCUGGUUAUACUCUUCUCUCUGUCACUGCUUGGUGCUGGGAUAUAUGGAGUCACUCAGGUGGAUGAGUCAUUUGAUAGACGUGUAUUGGCCAGAGAUGAUUCCUACUUGAGGCAGUUUUUGACAGCUCAAGGAAAGUACUUUGAGCUGUCCAUUGGAGUGAGUAUCGUGCAGACUGGUGAGGUUGAUUACCAAUUGAGGUCCACGCAGAGCGACAUUAAAGAAUUAACGAACGUAUUCAAGGAAAAUGAAUAUUACAAGAACCAAUCACUAUCCUGGAUGGAUGCAUUUUCCCAGUAUGCUAAGAAGUCGAAGAGAAACAUUACUGGCCCAGGUUUUCUACGAGAAUUGAAAACAUUCCUUCGUAUUCCCGAGUUCUCGUAUUUCACACAGGACGUGAAGUUAUCCGAGGAUGAGACCAAAAUAGAAGCUUCUCGCGUAGUAGGCUAUAUGAAGGAUUCGGGUAGCUCCACCUUCCAGAAAAACGCUAUGCUCACACUCCGUGAAGACAUAUCAAAGAAGUCCAAACUGAAUGCCUUUCCAAUCACUCGAUCCUUUAUAUUCUUUUGAACAAUACGCAAUUACGUCACACGAGACCCUGAGAAACCUGAUAAUCGCAGGCUUAACGGUGGUAAUUGUCACAAGCCCCUUUUUGAUGGAUUUUACUGUGACGUUCGUGGUGGUGCUUAACUUCGCAGCGCUGGUUUGCGAGUUAUUUGGUUUGAUGGUAAUCUGGGAUGUGUCUCUGAACUCUGUUUCCAUGAUUAACCUGGUAAUGGCCAUCGGAUUUGCAGUUGACUACAGUGCCCACAUUGCCCAUGCUUACAUUACGUCAAGCAAAGUCACAGCCGAUGAGCGAGUUGUGGAUGCUCUGAGCACGUUGGGUGCAAGUGUUUUCAUGGGAGGUACGUCAGAAGCUAAAUUAAUUGUUGUAAAACAUGGCUGAGGAAAGUAAGCAUUUAUAAACAUAUUGACAUUCUUGUGUUCCUGGAGUGUAUAACAAGUUUAAAAGUCUGUGGCCCUGUUUCAGUGAGAGGUAUUAGAAGAAAAUUUGGAUCUAUUGAGUUGAUAAUGGAAAUUGGCCAUCAUAAAUAAAUUAUGGAGCUGAUGUUUUGAGCCAAUCUUCUCCAACGAAGGGCUAACGCUCAAAACAUCAGCUCUAUAAUCUCUUUACAGUGUCUAAUGGUCUUUAUCAACUCAGUUGAUAAAAUCAAAAUUUCUCGCAUGUGCUGCGGUUGAUUAAAAAAUCCAUCCUUAGUUUUAUUCAAGGAAUCACUUUAAGUGAGAUUAAUUUCUGCUUUUAGUAACUUCCAUCACUUAAGGUUUUAGUGUUAUGUACGUCGCAGCAUCCGCUGAUCUUUUCUUCUUAAUAUGUUUUAGGAGUCAGUACGUUCCUUGGUAUGGUUGUACUUGCAUUUGCUGCAUCCGAGAUAUUCCGAAUUUUCUUCAGAAUGUUCUUUGGCAUCGUCAUGCUCGGGCUUCUUCAUGGCUUGUGCAUCAUGCCUGUUUAUCUGUCUUUGCUGUGCUGGAGACCCGCUCUUAUAAGACGUCCCUCAGUAAUGGACACAAGUGAAAAACUUGGAAACACAGACACGACAGAUAAUAUUACCAACACCAAUGGUUUCUUGGAAGCGGUGAAAUCUUCCGGGGAUACAUCAUUUCAGCCACCACAAAACUCAAACAAAAAAAAAAAGAAGCCGACAUCUCACUCAAUGAAAAACCAGCCAACCAGCAGAUACAGACAAAUGAAGCUGAGAAAGGAAUUCAAAACAUGGGGAUCGAUGAGGAUGACGACGACGUUGAGACGGUGGAGGUAGAAGGCGACGUUAAAAAAUGCAGCUAGACUAGAAUUUGAAGUAGCGCUUUAACGAAAUACCCAGAUUUCAAAUUUAAUCAGCUCAAAAAAGAAAAUAAUAGCACCUUUUCAGAGAUUAAUAGUUUCAUUUUACAAGCGAAGCUUUUGUGUCUUGCAUUAGAAAGUCUUUAAAAUUGGAAAAAACAUUCUGGGUCAGCCUAACUGAAAUCAAGAAAAUCAAACCUGUUGAGAACUUACGACCGUCCAAAUAUUGCAAAUUGAUGUUCAAUCUUGCCUCCAAACAAGAAAGAUACAUAGUGAGAGGAGGCUACACACUCAGAACUUUUUCUAUCCAAAGAAUAGUGCACUUGUGGAUGUGGUUUCCAUAUUUUACAUGUAUGAAUAUUUUGGUUACGAUUGUAGAUGUGUCUUGUAAACAGAAUAAAGAACUAAUUUAUCGCUUGAAAUAACAUAAUAAACUUUUAGAGAGUGUCAUUUAUCAGUUUUGAGUUUAAGUUAAAGCAAAACAUUUCUUGUUAUUCAAAAACAAGUGGGCUUUUCACAGUAAUCCUUAGAUGCUUUCAUUAAGUUAGCAAUAGUAGGCUCUUUCUAUUUAUUCUAUUUCUAUUUAGUAAAUUCAUUUCUGGUUUCAAAGAGAUUUAAAAAAACUACAUAGGUUCACUCACAAAGGAAAGAAACUAUGUAAAAAAAAAAGACUUCAGUAUACAGCUGUUUGUGUUAAGAAUUGUUGCAGUGCAAAGUGAAAAGUGCCAGGCAUUAAUUAGCCAAUUGAAAGAACGUUAUUCCUUAUCAAAAAUGCCCCUUUCACCCCAAACAUAUAUUGCUUAUAAUUAAUACUUUUCUUGAUAGAGAGUUAAGAUUAUUUUGUAUCAAAAAAUGUACAUAUUUACAUGUAAUGCUAUGAAAUAGCUUUAAGAUACUUAUUACAGGUGUACUGAUAAUAAACAACAAUGAUUAGUCUCUUGCUGGGUUUAAGUAACACUACCAUCUAAACCCUUGGCCAAAUUCAUCCUUAGAAAAGCAUGGAAAGAGCACAUUUACAAAUAAAAUUCCUUAGUUUAAGGUUAGCCAAAGCUGACCUUGAGAUUGUCUUCAACCGUCUAAAUCAAUGCAGUGGGUUUUUCUAACUUAGAAAUUGAAACACAGGGAGGCCUACUCUGGGACAUUGCAUUAUUAAUUUUUGGGCUACUUUGGGC